GUUCCUGAGGGUGUUAUUCUUCCUCCUCCAGAGGCCAGAGAGGUGGUCAUCAGAACUGCAGGCUAUAUUCACAGAAAUGGCUCUGCCUUUGAAGCUAGGCUUUCUAAAGAUCAGGACGACAGAGCUGUCUCCAAAUUCUCCUUCUUGAGACUGCACGAUCCCUUCAACUCCUACUACAGAUGGGUUCUCUCGCAGUACAGAAAUGGCUGCAUUGCCACCAACUCCACCAAUGUCUCCAACACUCCACCAACCCCAACAGCAACUUCCUCUGUCUCCACAACCAAAUCCCCUGUAUCGCCGCCAGAAGAGUUACUUUUCGCAGUGGAUAUGCCCUCCAUUUCCUUCUUCGACUUGCAAGUCAUCAAGCUAACUGCCUUAUUUUGUGCCAGAAAUGGUGACAAUUACAUCAACAACUUGAAAACACACAUUGAGAAUCUCUCAUCCUCUGAUCAAAGUGCACCAGAACACCCCAACUUGGUUGACUCCAAAAUCGGCAAUCUUCCAAACAAACCCCAAUCCGAGCCCACCAAACAAAACGCUCUCUACUCUGUCUCCCAAUUCCAAUUUCUCAACUCAAAUCACUCUCUAAAUCCUCUCUUCACCUCCUUCGUCAACCAAUACAAAAUAGUUCUCGACUUGAAUACAAAAACAAACACUUCCAGCUCCAACAUAUCCAUACUAUCAAAUAUCAAGUCCGCUAUCAAUCCUGCCUUCAAUUUAACGGACUUCCUACUAACAAACGCCUACAAACGAGCAGAAUACACCUUCAAGAAUAAAAAAGACUUGAUUGCAAAAAAGAAAAAAUCUGAAAAAGAAAAAUUGGAAUACGCUUCAAUUGACUGGCAAGACUUUACAAUUGUCGAAACAAUCAACAUCACAGAUCAUGACAAAAAACUAGACCUCCCAAUGCCAUUAUCUCUAGCUCAGCUAGAAUACAGAUCUCUUCAACAAAAAAAUGCCACUCUACUAAUCCAAGAGGCUUCUCCUGAUUACAACACAUCCUCUCAACCUCAACCUCAACCUCAACCUCAACCUAUAAAUACUCUUCCUUCCAUUCCCCAGCGACCUCCAGUCGGUAUAAAAAUCAGAUCUGCUGGUGAAACGAGACUAAAAAGAUCCCGCCAAUACAUCAACAACACCAUUUACAACAACAUCAAAUCAAACUCGCUAAAUAACAAAUCACCAGACUACAAACCAGAAAAUCUAAUCUCUUGCCCAAUUACAAACCAACUCAUCCCAGAAUCAAAAUUCGAUAAACACAUCAAAUCAAUUCUCCGCGAUCCGCGAUACUACGAUCAAAAAAAAAAAUUCGAAUCAAAUAUGAAAUUAUCAAACUUAUCUUAUGAUGAAGCUUAUGAAAAUAUAAAAAAACUA